UCCGCAAACAAGGCAGGGACAAAUGGUGAGAAAGGAAAACAGGAGAGAAAUUUGGCCCAAAUAAAUCGGUUGGCAGCGUCCUCAUGUGGUGACGGCGGCGGCAACUGCGACUUUUUUAGAUUUGAUCGGAGACACAUAGUUGUUAUCUUCAUCAAUCUAAGUAGUAAGAUAAAAAUGCAAGGUAGUAUCUAUUCGAGGUGUUUUAGGGGUAGGGAGUUGUUGCUCCACAAAACACAAAAAAUGAUUUUGAAUUACAUCCCUUCUCGCCUUUUCCCUUCCCAACUACUAAAAUCCCCAAGUUAUCGAACUCAUCUUUCAACCAUUAAACGAUACCCAUGGGAUUCUUCAAGAACCACUUCUACUGGUUUCAAACAAAUCAAGGCAUUCAUUUCUGAUUUCCCUGCUAAAAACCCUGAUGGGAAAUCAAAUGGGUAUGCCAUGUUUUCAACAUCUUCAACUGAUGAUGCUGGCACAAAAAAGCCUCUCCUCAACAAGGAACAAACUCAGCCUGCAACGGAAGCCGAUCAAAUAUCUAAUGCCAGAAUUAUAAGCACUCUCGCAAAAUACUUGUGGAUGAAGGAUAAUUUUGAGUUCCGCUUUCGCGUCAUUGCUGCCUUGAGUUUACUAGUUGGUGCAAAGGUUGUGAAUGUUCAAGUACCAUUCUUAUUUAAGCUUGCUGUUGAUUGGUUGUCAACAGCAACUGGCAAUGCUAGCACGCUUGCAGAGUUUACUGCUGCAAACUCUACUGUUUUGGCUCUUUUUGUAAGUCCUGCUGCGGUCUUGAUUGGGUAUGGUAUUGCACGAUCAGGGGCAUCCGCUUUCAAUGAAUUGCGAACUGCAAUUUUCUCAAAGGUCGCACUCCGCACUAUUCGGUCAGUUUCACGGAAGGUCUUUUCGCACUUGCAUGAACUCGACCUGCAAUAUCACCUUAGUCGAGAAACAGGUGGUCUUAAUCGGGUCAUUGACCGUGGUAGCCGAGCUAUCAAUUUUAUUCUUUCGUCAAUGGUUUUCAAUGUUUUCCCCACGAUAUUGGAGAUAUCAAUGGUAUCAGGUAUACUUGCAUACAAGUUUGGAGCUUCCUUUGCAUGGAUCACAUCACUGUCAGUGGCUGCAUAUAUUGCUUUUACCUUAAGUAUUACCCAGUGGCGAACUAAGUUUAGGAAGGAGAUGAAUAAAGCUGAUAAUGAUGCAAGCACACGAGCAAUAGAUUCUCUUAUCAACUAUGAGACUGUGAAGUACUUUAACAAUGAGGUGUAUGAAACCGAGAAGUACGAUCACUUUUUAAAGAGAUAUGAAGAUGCUGCCUUAAAGACACAACGUAGUCUUGCAAUCUUAAACUUUGGGCAAAGUGCAAUAUUCAGUAUAGCUCUCUCAGCUGCUAUGGUUUUAUGUUCUAAUGGGAUUAUGAAUGGUGUCAUGACUGUUGGUGACUUGGUCAUGGUAAACGGGUUGCUGUUCCAGCUAUCGCUUCCGCUGAAUUUCCUUGGUAGCGUAUAUCGUGAGACUAUCCAAAGUCUAGUGGACAUGAAAUCAAUGUUUCAGUUACUAGAGGAAAAAGCUCAAAUCAGAGAUGCUGCUGAUGCAAAAUCUCUUAAUUUAAGUGGGGGUAGCAUUCAAUUUGAGAAUGUUCACUUCAGUUAUUUGACAGAAAGGAAGAUUCUAGAUGGGAUCUCUUUCAUUGUUCCUGCUGGAAAAAGUGUAGCUAUUGUAGGAACAAGUGGCAGUGGCAAAUCAACUAUUCUUAGAUUGCUCUUCAGAUUCUUUGACACCCAAUCUGGAAAUGUAAGAUUAAAAGCUUGCCUCAUUGCGGAAUCAUUUUUUUCUUUUUUGGAUUAAUAUUGUGGAAGCCAAGGGUCUAUCGCAAACAACCUUUCUACCUUA